AUGAAGGUGCUGAGGACAUUGGUCUUGGUGGUGUCCAUGGUGACCUCUGUGGUGGUGGGGGACACGCGUGUGGUUGGUGGCAUGGACUGUGAGCCCCAUUCGCAACCAUGGCAAGUGGCCAUCUUGGACAUGUACAAGCUCUACUGCGGUGGGGUCCUGGUGGACAAGGAGUGGGUGGUGACGGCGGCCCAUUGCACCACACCAGGGAUCACCAGUGUCCACAUGGGCAAACACAACCUCUACACACGCGAGCGCGGGGAGGUGCAGAAGAUGGUGCAGAAGAUGGUGGCUCACCCCAGCUACGACCCCACCACCAAGGACAACGACAUCAUGAUGAUGAAGCUCCUGACGCCCGUCACCGUCACCGACAGGAUCAGGCCCAUCUCGGUGGCCUCCUGCUUGCCCCAGCCUGGGACCACCUGCACCACGUCAGGAUGGGGAGCCACCACCUCCCCUGAAGUCACUUACCCGGACGUCUUGCAGUGCGUCAACGUCAACCAUCUUCUCCACGGCCGAAUGCCCACCGCUUACCCCGGUUCCAUCACCGAGAACAUGCUCUGCGCCGGGAGCCUCCAAGGUGGUAGGGACUCAUGUCAGGGGGACUCUGGAGGACCUCUGGUUUGCAACAAGACCCUCCAAGGCAUCGUGUCUUGGGGCAUGGAGAAGUGCGGCCAACCCAAGCGCCCUGGGGUCUACACCAAGGUCUGUAGAUACGCCCAAUGGAUCCAUAAGAUCAUGAAGGACAACUGA